UGGAGGUGUGGCGGGACGCCACAUGUCCAGAAGAAGGGGCUCCUCUCCAGCAAUUAAGUGGGAAGAUGGGCAGGUGCCAGUCAGCAGAUAUGCGCGGAGGCGUAGGGCAGCAGUCACCACGUCUGAUCACAAAAGCUGUGCGCUUAUACAGACUAGGCUUAAGCUGGGUGAUAUCAUGUUGGCCGCCGCCCACGAGGCGGCAGCACUACAGGCCGCGCAGGGCACAUCUGCAUAUUCAAGCAGAGGGGCGGCGGGUACCAGCUUCUUGGGCGGGGGGCUGCGCAGCUCGUCAGCUGACGCGAUGGGCGGCCAGCAGGCCCCAAAUGCAGGCGGCUCCUCGUCGCUGUUUCUCUUCUCCGAAGAGAACAUCAUCAGGAGAUACACCAGGUUCAUUAUCGAGUGGCCUCCGUUCGAGUAUGCCGUACUUCUGACAAUCAUUGCCAACUGUAUCGUCCUAGCACUGGAAGAACAUCUGCCCUGUGCCGAUAAGACCAUGUUAGCACAAAAAUUGGAAAAGACGGAAGUCUACUUCCUGGGAAUCUUCUGCGUGGAGGCUUCCUUAAAAAUUCUAGCAUUAGGGUUCGUGCUGCAUCGGGGCUCCUACCUCAGAAAUAUCUGGAACAUCAUGGAUUUCUUUGUAGUUCUUACAGGGUUUCUCACCCAGUUCCCACAAGAUCUCAUAGCUGUCGACCUCCGCACCUUGCGAGCUAUCAGAGUACUUAGACCUUUGAAGCUAGUCUCUGGCAUCCCUAGUUUGCAAGUUGUGCUGAAGUCCAUCAUCAAAGCUAUGGCCCCCUUGCUGCAAAUAGGAUUAUUAGUUUUAUUCGCCAUUGUGAUAUUUGCUAUAAUUGGACUGGAAUUUUACUCCGGAGCCUUACACAGAACUUGUUAUAGUUUAUACGAUAUAACUCAAAUAGUUAAAGAAAACGAUGAAGAAGUGCCAUGUAAUACCGAUAACGAAACCGAGGCUAGGAAACAAGGCAGCAACUGGUGCAGGGACGGUAACAGCGUUUGUCUAGAGCGGUGGCACGGUCCAAAUAAUGGCAUUACUUCAUUUGAUAACAUCGGAUUCGCCAUGUUGACAGUGUUCCAGUGUAUUACGAUGGAGGGUUGGACUGCUAUUUUGUAUUGGAUGAACGAUGCUGUCGGAAGCUUCUACAAUUGGAUGUACUUUGUGCCUCUCAUAGUGCUUGGUUCAUUUUUUAUGUUAAAUUUAGUUCUCGGUGUGCUCAGCGGAGAGUUUGCUAAGGAAAGAGAAAAAGUAGAAAAUAGACAAGAGUUUUUAAAGCUAAGAAGAGCAGCGCAGCUAGAACGAGAACUUAAUGGCUAUGUGCAGUGGAUAUGUAAAGCGGAGGAAGUAAUCCUAGCUGAAGAGCGUACAACGGAAGAAGAAAAGAUGCAUAUAAUGGAAGCACGACGACGAGCAGCCAAAAAGAAAAAGCUUAAGAAAAUUGGUAAAAGCAAGAGUACCGAUACAGAAGAAGAGCAGGAAGAGGAAGACAUCGCUGAUGAUGUGUUUCUUACAGAAUCUAACAAAAAGCUAAAAGCAGGCUUUGGCCGCUCCGGCUACAUGAAGUCCAGGGCAAAGGGCCACGGAGCUUGUGCCAGAUUCUGGAGAGCAGAAAAACGAUUUCGUUUUAGUAUACGACACACAGUUAAAACGCAGUGGUUUUAUUGGACUGUAAUUAUGUUAGUUUUUUUUAAUACCUUUUGCGUAGCCGUCGAGUAUCAUGGACAACCUAAAUGGCUUGAUGAUUUUUUAUACUAUGCAGAAUACGUAUUUUUGGGGUUAUUCAUGUCAGAAAUGUUCAUAAAAAUGUAUGCACUUGGACCAAGAAUAUAUUUUGAAUCAGCAUUUAAUCGAUUCGACUGCGUAGUAAUCUCAGGGUCGAUCUUCGAAGUUAUAUGGAGUGCGGUGAAAGGGGGCUCUUUCGGCCUCUCUGUAUUAAGAGCUUUACGAUUGCUAAGAAUAUUUAAGGUGACAAAAUAUUGGUCUUCGUUACGAAAUCUCGUCAUUUCGUUGCUCAAUUCGAUGCGCUCCAUCAUUUCACUGUUGUUCCUUCUGUUCUUGUUCAUUCUGAUAUUUGCUUUGCUGGGAAUGCAACUUUUUGGCGGACAGUUUAACUUUGAUGGCGGAACUCCUCCUGCCAACUUUAAUACUUUCCCCAUUGCCUUGUUAACUGUCUUUCAGAUUUUAACUGGCGAAGACUGGAAUGAAGUUAUGUACAAUGGAAUUAAUGCCCUUGGAGGUCCCAAAGGAGGCAUGGUAUAUUCUCUAUAUUUUAUUAUUCUUAUGUUAUUUGGUAACUACACCCUGCUGAACGUAUUCUUGGCUAUCGCCGUCGACAAUUUGGCAAACGCACAAGAGCUCACUGCUGCGGAAGAAGAACAAGCAGAGGAAAACAAGGAGAAACAAGCUUUAGAACUAGAAAAGGAGAUGGAGGCAUUACAAAUGGAAGGCAGUACUCCGAGGGUGGAGGUGAAUUCACCGAGUCCAACCACUAGUAGAAGAAAAAAGAAGGAGGAAAAACCAGAAGAGGAAGAAGAAAUCGUCGGGCCAAAACCAAUGCUGCCAUAUUCUAGCAUGUUUAUACUAUCUUCUACAAACCCAAUCCGCCGAGGUGCUCACUGGGUUGUUAAUCUUCGUUAUUUCGAUUUUUUUAUUAUGAUCGUCAUCUGCUUGAGUUCGGCCGCAUUGGCUGCCGAAGAUCCUGUAGAAGAGCAUUCGUUCCGAAACACCAUUUUGGACAAAUUCGAUUACGCCUUUACUGGCGUGUUUGCGAUCGAGAUGUUCCUUAAGGUCAUCGAUUUGGGAGUCAUUUUACAUCCUGGCUCUUAUUUGAGGGAAUUUUGGAACGUUAUGGAUGCAGUAGUUGUCGUUUGUGCCUUGGUGUCGAUGGUGUUUGAUUUUAUGGGCGGAGGAGGAGCGGCAGGUGCCAACCUCUCAACAAUCAAGUCGCUCCGAGUGCUCCGCGUGUUGCGGCCUUUAAAAACAAUAAAACGAGUGCCGAAACUUAAAGCGGUCUUUGACUGUUUAGUAAACUCUUUAAAAAAUGUGAUAAAUAUUCUAAUUGUGUAUAUAUUAUUCCAAUUUAUAUUCGCGGUCAUCGCCGUGCAACUCUUUAACGGAAAGUUUUUUCACUGUACAGAUAGUAGCAAAAUUACUAGAUCGACUUGCCAAGGGCAAUUUUUUGUUUACGAAGACGAUAGUGACGUUCCAAGGGUAGAGGAGCGCGUUUGGUUAAAACAAAAAUUCCACUACGACGACGUCGGCAUGGCGAUGUUAACAUUAUUUGCUGUACAGACUGGAGAAGGAUGGCCCCAAGUACUGCAAAAUUCCAUGGCUGCCACUUAUAGCGACCAAGGGCCAAUCCAAAACUUUAGAAUAGAAAUGUCCAUUUUCUACAUUGUAUAUUUCGUUGUGUUUCCAUUCUUCUUCGUUAACAUCUUCGUUGCCUUAAUUAUCAUCACCUUUCAAGAACAAGGCGAGGCUGAGUUGCAGAGUGGAGAAAUAGAUAAGAACCAGAAAUCCUGCAUAGACUUCUGUAUCCAGGCAAGGCCCCUGGAACGGUACAUGCCCAGCAAAAGAAGCAGUUUAAAGUACAAAAUCUGGCGGAUAGUCGUGUCAACACCAUUUGAGUAUUUUAUUAUGAUGCUUAUUGUUUUUAAUACUUUAUUACUUAUGAUGAAGUACCAUCAGUCCCCGCCACUGUUGUCCGACAUAUUGGCCGUAAUGAACAUACUUUUUACGUUCUUUUUUCUCUGCGAGACCAUAUUGAAGCUAAUCGCCUUUGGAUUUAAGAAUUUCUUCAAAGACCCAUGGAAUACUUUUGAUUUUGUCACCGUCAUUGGCAGUAUAGUAGACGCGAUGGUCGUCGAGUUCGGCGAACGAGCAGAGCGAAUGACAAAAGACAGGGACAACUUCAUCAACGUAGGUUUUUUAAGACUUUUUCGCGCCGCCAGGUUGAUAAAACUCCUUCGUCAAGGAUACACGAUUAGGAUUUUACUUUGGACAUUCGUUCAAAGCUUCAAAGCUCUUCCAUAUGUUUGUCUUCUAAUAGCAAUGCUGUUCUUUAUUUAUGCCAUAAUUGGGAUGCAGGUUUUCGGAAACAUUAACCUGCCCAGUGAAUCGAUAACCCGCCACAACAAUUUUCGAGACUUUAUACAGGGACUUAUGUUACUAUUCAGGUGUGCAACAGGAGAAAAUUGGCCUAGUAUAAUGCUUUCAUGUGUAAAAGGACAAGACUGUGAUCCAGAUACUGGCAAAGGACCCAAAGAAUGUGGAUCCAAUUUAGCAUAUAUGUACUUUGUAUCAUUUAUCUUCUUCUGCUCCUUUCUGAUGUUGAACUUAUUUGUUGCCGUCAUUAUGGAUAAUUUUGACUAUUUAACAAGAGACUCGUCGAUAUUGGGGGCACAUCAUUUAGAUGAAUUUGUAAGAAUAUGGGCAGAAUAUGAUCCAAAUGCUACGGGAAAAAUUCAUUUCACUGAAAUGUAUGAUAUGUUAAAAAACAUGGAUCCACCAUUGGGGUUUGGCAACAAGUGUCCAAAUCGGCUGGCGUACAAAAAGCUCAUUCGCAUGAAUAUGCCUGUAGAUGACGACGGGAAAGUCUAUUUUACCACCACCUUAUUUGCAUUAAUUAGGGAAAAUCUGGCCAUAAAAAUGCGAGCAGCGGAAGAGAUGGACCAAGCUGACAAGGAACUUCGAGAGACAAUCAAAAAUAUCUGGCCCUUGCAAGCUAAAAACAUGGUGAACAUACUGGUGCCGCCCAAUUGUGAUUUGAAUACAGGAAAAAUGACAGUUGGUAAAAUAUACGCUGCACUUCUCAUAUUGGAUACCUGGAGAAGUGCACGAACUGGAGGACAGGGAUUUGGAAAUAGCCCAUCUGCAAAUGUUGCGAAAGCAUCUUUAUUCGAUUGUCUCAUGGAUACUAUGGCUGGACAUCUGGGAGGUUCUAGAGCUGGCUCCAUUAGUCUUGAAGGUGCUCCCCUAAUGGGGGGCCAAGAUAAUUCUGAUCAUCAAGAGGAAAACACCUUAAUUUCGUUAGCCAGGCGGAGCACGAAGCGAAAUAGAUCUUUACGGAACAAAAAGAUGACGGAGCUGGCGGAUGUACUGGGCUCACGGAGACCUUCGUGUGAUAGUACAGGCGACCAGCAACACCUUCACCCUUCUGCUUUUGGGAAUUCGCAUCGCCGAAGUCCCAGUAUCAGAAGAGGAAACUCUCCAUCACUGCAACGUAGUCCUUCACCGAGGAAAAGGCACCAAACUGGGCAGUUACACCACGACAUUGGAUUUUCUGAUACCGUGGUGGAAAUUGUGAAAAACGAACAUCAGCGGCAUUCUUCAAAGAGAAUUCCUAGAGAAUUUUCUGCACUAGGUUCCUGGUCAGCUUCAACAAGUCCCGCGCGGUUGCCUUCGCCCACCAACGGGGGGUACGGGCGACAAAAUCCGAGAUACGGACCUUUAAGGUCCUCGAGAAGAGGUGGGGCAUACGGAACGACCAGUCUGUGUCAAAGGUCGAGGUCGCCGAGUCCGACGCAUCCCACUCAUCAUCAUCAAGGGCCGCCAUUCAUAGCCGGUGCUGUGGUAGGUAUACCGAUGCAGCAUAGCGCAGCUCACCAGGGGUCAGUUCAGCAUAGCCAUCCGGUGCUAGGCGGCCGGAGGGGGCAGGGCAGGAGACUCCCACCAACGCCUUCUAAACCGUCCACUUUGCAACUGAAGCCAGGGACCAUCAAUUUUCCGAAACUCAAUGCCAGUCCGACGCAUAUACAAACUCAUUCGGCGCACGCCACCCCACACUCACACCCGCACAGCUUCCCGAGGGAUCGAGAACCUCUAAGGGAGUUUGGUUGGGUUGUGCCUCCCCCGAUGGCGCCCCUCUCCGGCCCCGCCCAUAACACUAGUAAUCCCCAUAACAGGACUAUGGUGGGGGAUAAUCCCCAAGUGCCGCUCAGCUUCGAGCAAGCGGUUCAGCUGGGGAGAGGAGGUAGAAUGCUGCCUAGUCCGGUGCCUAAUGGGUAUAAACCCAAAGUUUCACGGUCGCGCCAUUCCGAUUCGGACGAUGACGACUGGUGCUAGCAGAAACUGAAUACUCUCUGAGAGUAACAAAAAUUUGUUCGCGGUCGUGUUUUGUAUUUCUGAAUUUAGUGUGCGUGAAUAGUUAAACCCAAAAACUCUUAAAAAUUAAUUCUAUCUAUAGUAAAGUGCGUUUUUAUGGUGUCUGAGUUAAACAAGAUUAGAACAAAAUCUUAGUAUAAGGUCUAUUUUGUUCUAAUUCAACCUACUCAAAGCCCUAUAUGGUUAACAUUAUUGAUUUUUUUCGGCCAUGGAAUUGAAUCAACGCCUUACAAGCGAAAACCUGAAGAACAUUUGCUUUAAAUGCUCAAGCGAAGAAUUUUGGCGUCUAUUGUGAAUCGCUUUUGUAGUAAAUUCUAUUUUGUUCGUUUCGAGCAUGUUUAUUAAAUAAAUUAAAUGAUUAUUUUCACUGUAUUUACAAUUGAAUUUGUCCAGUUCUCUAUACAAUUUCUUGAGUUUUGCUCAAAAAGCCAUUUAAUUUAUGUAAAAAGCAUGUUCGUAUCACUUAUAAAUAAAAUUACUAACCGUUGCUUACAGGUCUGCGGCAUUUUGUUAAGUUUCUAUUAUAAAUGUAGUUUUAAUAUCUUGUUACCAUUAUUUCAUUCUUAAAAUAGAUAUUGUAAUAAAUAUUUUUAUGCUUUAAACGGUAAUAUAUAGCACAUUAUUCGGGUAUUUUGGGUAAUUCGUUAGGCAAUAUAGUCUUAGACAUAGUUAGGCAAGUCAUUAAAAAUCACAUAUAGACUUUCUAAUCUGAAUCAAAAGAUUGCAAAAAAGUAUGGUUAUUAUAAAUAUAAAGGAAAUUCAAUAUGCGUCAAAGAUAUUUUUACAAUAGUGGUAAUUCAUAUUGUACAAAAAAUCAAGUAUAGCAUACGUUUCCUAUACCCAGGUUAAGUUUUAAAACAAUGGUUUAUUCGGACAGCCCUCCAUUUUACUAUUAGACUAUUGUAGUCCAGACUUACACUUUAUGAAACCUUCAGCUUGGGAUGAAGUAGUUCCGAGGAUAGCUUGUCCAAUUCUUUUCACGGUGGGACAAAACUUAGACUUAGAAUUAUCUUUUAGGCUAAUCUUAUGUCUGCGAAACGAUAGUAUGAAGGGUCUAGUGUACAUUUCCAUGAGAGCUUUUAUGUUUUAUUUAUUUAAUGUGAUAAUGAUGUCAGACCUACUUUGUAAGGUUCAUUUCGAACUACAUGAUUAAUAUCUUUUUUGAUAGAGUUUGUUAAGUUUAUCAUAUUUAACCAAUGGUUUAGGCUGGUAGGCGGUUGGAGAGCUUAAAUCGAUCUCGAUUAGAAUUCUGCUUCUGUCUUUAGUUUGUUAAGCCUGCAGCAAAACUGUGUUUAACAUAUUUAACAUUAUAUAGAAAAUAAGUAUUCUUCUUCUUCUACGCUGCGUUAUCCGGUGCUGGUAUUGGCGAUCAUCAAGGCUAUCAUAAUUUUGUUGAGGGCUCUCCAAGCUAUUGUCGGAAGUUCUUUAGCCACGAGAUACGAUCUUACUCUCCUAAGCAAUAUUUUGCGAGGACACGUUCCACUCAAAAUAUUUUUCUGUAAAUCCACAUCUUGAAAAUUUCGAUCUUUUUUUCAGUCAGCCUGCGUCAGGGUCCAGAUCUCGACUCUGCAUAGUAGCAGCAAGAGAACAUCUCACUAUCCACAUCAUGGUGUCUAAAAUCAGAUUUCCGCAGGGUCUUAUUCUGAAGUGUAUGGACCGUGUAAUUUACAUCCGGGACCUGAUCUCCUCAGCAUGGCGAGCUGAAGAUGAUUCCGAGGUACACGAAUCUCUCGAUCUUCCUGCCAGUAGUACCUCUGAGUCUGAGUUGGUUUUCAUGAAUUUGGUUUUCCUGAUAUUUAGGUCUAGGCCGUACUUCCUGCUCGCACUUAUCACACGGUCUGACCAUAGGUCUCCUAGGCUGGUUGCCAGCAGCAUAGUAUUAUUAGAAUAACAGAGGUUGUUGAUGUAUUUGCCGUUUAUUGGUAUUCCCAGGUCCAAGCUGAAGGCUUCAGCGUAUAUAUGUUAAAGAGAGUUAAUGAGAGCAUACAGUCCUACCACACAGAUCCUAGACUUUGAUUUCCGCAUGCUAGUUCCAGUCUAAAUCUAUGGUUAUUUGAUGAUUCUAUACCUAUUUCAGGGCGGUGAUCAGCUUUCAAUGUUGACAACGUUAAACCUCUUUGAUGUAGUCAAAGAAACAAAUGUAGACGUUACAGCCUUCUUAGGUCAGAACUUGUGGAGUGAUAAGGGCUUUACGUGUAUCUAGGGAAUUGCAGAUUCCAAGCUGCAUUUCAUCGAUGUCUUCUUUGCAUUUUUGGUAAAUCCUAGCUUGUAUAAUUUUGGAAAAGUCUUGAGUGCAUGACUCAUAAGGCUGAUAGUCCAGAAAUCCUCGCACGUGAUGCAGAUGUUCGCAGAUGAUUUCUUUAGUAGCUUUACAUACGUUGAUAGCGGCCAGUCGUCUAAAAAAAAUGUAACCCGAGUUAUAGAUGGCAUUAAACCAUUCAGCUUUCUUAUUUUUAUCCUAUACUAUUGUUUAGUUUUGAUUGGUUUCUAUGUCGUAAGAUAACUAAUUGCGCCAUGAUUAAUACUCAAUAGCAAAAAAAACUAUUUAAGCAAAUUAUCAUUUAAGGUAAUUUAAAAAAAAGAAAUUCCGUUGAGUGAUAAGAUGUCAUAAGAAUUGUGGAAUAAGUACAAGAAUAGAAUAAUUAUACAAGAAUAGAGAAGUUGCGUGAGCCGUUAAGCAAUUAAAGCUGCUAUUGUAAAAUUUUGAAUUCCUCAGAUAUUAUAGACUAUUGUUUUUGUACGACUAUCAAUUAAGUUUUGAUUUUUUUUCAAUUUAUAUAUUUUAAAGUAUUUACCUUUUCAGUCCCAGAUACCUUAAUUAUUAUUUUAAAGUAUGAUUGUUAGAUUGCGCCACAGGUACUCAUUUUGAAACAAGGGCGAGAGUUUUUAUUAACGCACUGAAUUCAGCAGAAAGCUUCUUUCCUGUCUAAAGACUUAAUCAAAAUACACAUUUACAAAUCAUGUGUAUAGACAUUUAAAAAUUGUUAUUUUAAAGUCAUUAUACAAAAUUAACAACUGUUUCGGCGAGUAUUUUUCACCGAGCUCAAGAAACAGAAACAAAGUGCAGAUGGCGCAAAGAUUCUUAGAGUCUUAUUUAAAAUUAGUCACUUUCUAACCAAACCUAUUUAUUUACCAUUGGUCUAUUAACCUCUCUGGUUACGGUGUUUUUUUUCGGUGGAAAGGCCAAACCAUUAAAUAAUAUUUGUUUUAGCACACACUUAUUAAACAAAAACUACGAACCUGAAUAAGCAAGGAUUUCUGCUGAUGGUGCUAAUGUGAAGCAUAAUUGAACAAAUAGAGUCAUAUUUGAAAAAUGAUUGACAAUUGUGCAAUGAAUUGUUUCAGAACUAAACUAAAAAAGCCAACUUGGUUCCAAGAAUCUUAGUCAAAAUCAGUCAUUUCAUAACCAAUUUUAUUUUGCUACUACUAUUGCUGGAUUAAGACCAACAAGGUUGAUUAUUUCAAUAUUUAAAAGUUUUUUAGUGGCAUUGUGUUGAAAACGUCAAAUAAUGGUAAUUUUAGAAUCUCUUCACUAGAACAAUACUUAUUACUCAAAAACUACGGACGUGACUAACCAAAGAUUUGCUAAUCGUGCUGAUGUAAAGCAAAAUUGAAAUGAAUUUAUUUUUGAACUAAGCUAAUAAAGCUGUUGCAAAACAUUUCGUCUCGGUAAAUGCCUUGUAUAUAAUUGAUUCUCUUGUCUUAACCUUAACUUUAGCAAAUAUUUUUCGUAUUUUAGAAAAUAUAUUUAAUACGAGGCUAAAUGUGGUAUAAGCAAGAAUUUCUCUACGAAGGCUUAUGAGCAAGUAUGAUAAAGUUUAAUUGCAUUUAGAAAGGUUUAUUGGAAGUGUGACGCAAAAUCAGGAUUCUUGACCGCUCUGAUAGUAUCCACCAGGAUUAAUAAAAAGGAAGUAUAUUCUCUGCACAUAAUAAUAUAAUAAUUAAACUUCGUGAAAAAUACGGCAUAUACUCAACUAAAAUUCCCAAAAUAUUACGAUAACUAGUUUGAUGAAUUGACUUUUUCAGAGGGUCGAGUUUACAAAGCGUAUUUGAAUUAAAUUAUGGAUCAGUAGACAGCUAAGGGAGCUAGUGAUGAUACUUUAUUUUGCUCCGAAAUUAUCAGAGAUCAAUAGUCUUAAACAAGCCAAUAAUGCAUUCUAGUCUAGUCAUUCUAGUCCCGUAUUAGUUCUGCCUUAGUCUAUCUCAUAUCAGGUGGGUCUGAGAUCUUCAGAGGGUUUUUCUGUUUAGCACACUUUUUAAUGAUAAGAGAUGAGGUUAUGUCGAUUAUAGGUUCGGGACAUACCGGCAGCUUCGUAGAUCGAAGUCUAGCAAGGACAUCUGCUUCCUCAUUACCAGCAUUACUAAUAGCAAGGCUCCCAGAUACACUAAAUCGGGCCAUAAAAAAUACAUAAAUAAUAGGGCCUUUAUACACUUCAGUGCAAGCUCGAAGCGCCUCAUUUUUAUCUCUAUUUCUGAAAAAUCUAAUCACCAUAAUUAUAUGAGUAUGACAUCUUAUAAAAUAGGCAUUAGCCUUCCAUAGCCCUUUUAUUAAUGAUUUCUUUUCUUACAAACCAAGAUGGGCGCCUUUAUUCUGCGCUUUUAUCUUCUGACUUCACCAAACAAAAUUCAAACGUUCAUAGAAUCUCUUUUAAGUUAAAGCAUAACUUUAAUAUAAGUCAUCUAUAAAUUAAAAUAUUAAUACAUUUACAGAGAAUAUUAAGUUCCGAGAAGUUUAACUAACUCGUAAAACCUUUCAAUGACUUUUUAAAGUUUCGCUUUCAACAUCAGUCUGUAUAUUAUCUAUGUAAAUUUUUAUGUUCUAAGUUUUAUGUUGCCUUUCGAAACCCUUUAAAAAUAUUUAAAAAAAAAAUAUGUGUGUUAAAUGCUACAAAGCUUAAUGUUAUUAUAUACUUAUUAAACUAAAUUAAUUUUACAUUUUAGGUAAAUUUGGUUAUAACAUAAAUAAUUUAUUGUUUAGAUUAUUAGCUGUUUUGUGAUAUUGUUCUGGGGCACCAUUACCCUAUGUUUAAAAAUGUAAUAUAAUCCCAGUGUUUCGAACUAUAAAUAGUAUUUGAUAGCUGAGCGCGCGAAAGAGUAUAAAUAUAAUUUAUAAAAAGACAGUUUAAAAUUAUUAAAAUUUUAACUACUGCCAAUCUAUUUAACUUUAAUUAUUUAAUAUUAAGCUAGAUUUAUUAUUUUCGAUCUUAUGUAAAGCAUUUUAUAGGUUAGUUGUUAUUAUUAACAGUUUAGUAUAAUUAAUUUUACAUUUCCAUGUAUAUUGAAAAAUUUUUGUCUUUGUAUUAGUUAAGAUCAACUAUUAAUAAUAGCAACUAGUUUAUACGUAUUUGAAAUAUGUGGUAGGGGUUUUUUGCAAUCGUGCCAAUGUUGUUCAUGUUCGAUACUGCUUUUAUCUUAACAAAGUUAUUUUACAAAUUUAAUAAUAUAUAAUAUAAAAGAUAUUUGGUUUAAGGUUGUAAUGUUCAGAAUCCUUUUCAGUACUUUUCUUUUUUAAAUUUGAUUCGUUGACACAAACAUUUUAGUUAUAGCAUAUUAUAAACCUUAGGAACCGGUAUAUUACUUGUACACGGGCGAUUUAAAACUAGAGGAUCAAUCUUUUGAGGGUUAUUUAUGUCUUUAAGAUACUUAAGACACUAGAGUAUAGGAAGCAAUUCUUGAAAAUAGUCCUGGAGAGUAUUACAACCCUAUGCAGCUUUGAUAUUAAGGAAAUAAUAUCCUUAAUUUUAUAUUUGUGUACUUUAUUUUACAUACUACCACCAAGGUAUCAGUUUUAAGUAUGUUAAACUUAUUUAAACGACGCACUUGCUUAUAGCAUACUUUGCUAAAUUAUCAUCUGUCAGACAUCGGUUUCUACUGGUGAUUUAUAAACUAGAGACUUUACAUAUUUUUGUAAAAAACUAUUUGAGGUGAUCGAUCACGUGAACUAGGAUGCCAAGAAACUGGACCUCUUUUGCCAAUCCAGUAUUUAAAUACCAGCGAACCUAUUCAGAACAAUCUAUCGGUAGGCUAUUAUGCCACAACUACGUGUACUGACAGAUGUUCACUAGUUCUGGCAAGAUUUUCUUAAAGGAACAUCAUAGAUAAAUGAUCCUAAGUAUUUAAUUGCUUAAUAAGUCUUGAUAAAUACCUCAGUAGCUGCUUUCACAAAAUUUCAAAUGGUUAUGGGUUGUAUGGAGUUCUGUACUGGAACCUUAUUACCUUUUUAUAUAUGUGCAUCAACUUAUUUCUUUUUGCGGAGGAUAGUACUUUUUUACAAAACAUGAUUGGUAUUCAGUUAUUACAAAAUAGUAUUACAAACUAGUUUUUGUGUACUUAGCUGUCUCUAAACUCUUUAAAGACGCAGGGGGGUUAAUCUUACACUUUAAGGAGAAAUAGGGUGCAUUCAAGUUUGUUGACGUCUCGUGUAAGUAAAGUCGAACUUUUAUGGUUUAUCUACAUCAAAAACUAAUCUAAGAGGCUCAUACUAUUAACUUGCUUAAAAAGCUACCGCGCUUGAUAGAUUUGACUCAAAAUCUGAGUAAGAGUGUUUUAAUGUCCGUACUUACGUCUUAAUGUUAUGAAAUCUGUGGAUUAAAUAUGGCUUAUGCCACUUCUGCUUGAGAACAAUCCUAUGACUAGUCUUAAGGACUAUUUUGUAGUUUCAAUAUUCUUAUAUUUUCUUGAUUUUAUACAUUUUUAACUGUUAAUAUUGUUAAGUGUCUUCUCUUUCAGAGUUUUGGUCGAUUUUCUACAUUAUCCUACCAAGAAUCGAACCAACAUUAUUUCCUAUUUUCCGGAUAUAAGGACAAUGGCGGAUUACUUUGGUUUUUGGUUUCUUAAUGCUUUACCAUACCAAGUAAUGCAGCCUUUGGAUCAUCAUCAUCAACAUCCAGCCUUCUGUGUCCAAAGUUGAAUAUAGGCUUCUCCUAAAUUGUUCCAGUUGUGUUGGUUCUGAGCUUUUUGUAGCUAAUUGCAAGCGAUAUUUUUGACAUCGUUUGUCCACUGUGUGGUCUGCCUUUACUCCUUGUCAGCUCCUGUCUACCACGCAUCUAUUCAUAUGGCCAGUCCAGGUUCACUUGAGCAAUGCUGUGCGCUCGAUAACGCUUGUCUUCUUUAUUAUUUGCCAAGAGUCAUCCCAAUACCGACGUUUUCAUUUUUCUUUGGUCUACUAUGAGUUUGGUUGCAGUGACCUGGGUAAAGGAGAAUGUUUCCCGUAAGUCAUGACUGGGAGAACGAAUUGGUCGAAGGUCUUUUUUAAGUGAUUAGAUAUGUUACUCUUAAAGAUGCCUCUUAGAGCUCCUUAUACAACCUAUGCCAAUGUAAUUCUUCUUUGCAGUUAGAUUAUAGCCUUUAGAUGCUUUGGAUUAAUUCUGAUAUGAACAAAUAUUCGACUAAACAAGCAUAUUUCAGUUGAUGAACCUAGUCAAUGACUUUGUGGUUUAAAUUGUGGGGCUUUUCCUUUAAGUUCCCUUUUUUAUGUAACUUGGACAUUAUGUUUUACUUUAUAUACUGCCAUUUUUAUUUUACAAGAGCAUUUUUACAAGUUGCACGAUGCACACCAGUGUUAUUGAUGAUUUUUUGAAAAUUUCUAAUGUGGAUUCUCUUCCAAUCAAAUAUGGUUAUUCUUAUUAUUGAAUAUAACAUUGUCUCUCAUAGCAGGUAUUAUUUAUAUAUAGAACAAACCGUAAAAAAUAGGUUGCUCGAUGAUUUUAUGAAGUAACUAUUGAUAAAAUUAAAUCCGAUAGUCUGCUGGUUGACUUUUUAUCCAUAGCCUGGACAAUAUUUCGAGUGCUAACUGAACGUUUGUCUCUAACGCGCUGAAGUCCCUCUUCUUCAAACUUGACUGCUGUUCUUUCGACACCAACAUACAUGUUGGCUUUAGAUUUUAAUUUUGUUAUCUAUAAACCGUAAUAACUUUCUUGUAUUCAGGAUAUUUCUAUAUGCAGCAGCUUGCUUGCUUUGCAAUUGGUUGCUCUAUAUACUAAAUGUAAAUUACUUGCUGAUUCUUAGUGACACAAAAUGCACUAAAAAACACGAUGAUUAAAUUAGGAUAAGAGUCAUAGGCUUCAAUGUUCAGAUGUCUUUUCUUAAGACAAUAUAUAACCCUUAAAUAUUUAAUUCUAUAGUUUUGAAUCAUCCUUUUAAGAAACAGAUUACAAUAUUGACGUUAUUUGACAGACGUUCUAUAGGAAAGACUACAUAACAAUAUUGACAGUGUUGCUUAAAAUCAUUUUGUAAAAAGGAUCUCUUGUAGAAUUAUUAAUCAUG